AUGGAAGGCAGUGAUGGAGGAAUAACAGUCUCCUUCCGAGACAUCAUCACCGGGCAAGGGAUGGUGGAGGGGGCGGAUGAUUUGGUGCUUGGUGAAGGAGGUGAAUGCAUUAUGGAAGAUUCAAAUGGAGACAUAACUAUAGAAGAGGAGGUGAUCAGAGGGUACGAGUGUCCCAAAUUCAUUUUCUCUGCGGAGGAGGAGGAGAGGAUGCAAAGGCCUUGGAGGAGGGGUGUGAUUGUGAAGCUGCUAGGGCGGAGGAUAGGAUAUAAAGCGUUGGAAAAUAGACUUAAUCAAAUGUGGGUGAGGAAAGGAGUGAUAAGCAUCAUUGAUUUGAGCAAUGAUUACUAUCUUGUUGCUUUCUCCCAUGAAGAUGACAAAAAGGCAGCUAUGGCUAAUGGUCCUUGGUUCAUAUAUGAUCAUUAUCUUACUGUGAAGGAUUGGAAACCGAACUUCCAGCCAGAUUGUGAUACAAUAAGUGAGGUUGCUGUUUGGGUGCGUAUUGCUGGUUUACCGAUUGAAUAUUAUUGUCCAAAAGCCUUAACAAGGUUUGGAAAUCGUAUAGGACGAGCGAUCAAAAUUGAUAGGACAACGACUAAACAGGAAAGAGGAAAAUAUGCUAGGAUUUGUGUUGCUGUUAAUUUGGCAAAACCUCUAUUGGGAAUGUUUCAAAUAGAUGGCAGCAGUUACAAAAUAGAGUAUGAAGGGCUACACCUAUUAUGCUUGGUGUGUGGUAGGUAUGGUCAUUAUAAAGAAGGGUGUUCUUUCAAAAGUGCUGGGAAAGAAAGUGAGGAGGAUAGAAGCAUGGAGAAUGGCAGAAAGGAGAUGUUACAUGUAGGUGAAGGGAGUGGCUUGAUUGGUAACACAACAAAAGAUGAUGGGCCAUGGAAAGUGGUACAAAAGCAGCGGAAAGGAAAGAAGGUGGCGGAAGGGAGAAAAGACACGGCGCCGGUGAAAUUUAAUGUCAAAAGCGCUAUUGGCGGAUCCAGGUUUCUCGCUUUAGGAAAUAUGGAUCAUGAAGUUAAUAGCAUUAAUGUAGUGGAAAAAGACAAGGAAAAGAAUGAUAAGGGGGAUAUGGAAAAUCCUGAUACUAUUGCCUCUAUUUGUGGAAGUCAAAGUCAAAAGGAAAUAAUUAAUAUUUCCUCUACAGCUGGCGGUAAGGAGAGAGAUGAUGCUGGGAAUAAUAUUAAAUACAAAAGUGAAAUUAAUGAGAAGGACACUAGGACGUGGCUGGAUUUGAUUGGGGAGCAUAAUAAAGUGGUGGGACAUGCAAACACGAGGAUUACUGUGGGUAGUGGUGGGAGGAGACAACAGCAAGAAAAUCAGAAAAAGAAAGGGAAUAACCUGACAACACGUGGAGGUAUCAGGAAUAAAGAUAAGAAUGGUGGGAUUAGCACGUCGGGUGUGGAAGGAUUAUUGGGCAAUUUUCAUAUUGGAGAAUCUCUUCAAGCAACAACUUAUGACACCUUCAAUCUGACCAAAAAAGGUGUUGGUAAAAAGGGAGGCAAAAACUACAUGGAGAACCAAAGUAGUAUGCAUGGAAGUCGUGACUCUUUAGCCAAGAGCCAUGCAAAAGAAGGAAUUGAUAUGGAAGAACCUCCUGAUACAGCUCCCAACAUAAGGAAGAACAAUAAGUUCAACUUUGGUGAUAAAAGCUAUAUCUUGGAACCAGUGAUAGACAUUGAGGUGACGAGUUGUGAUGAUAAUAAGCAGGAUGAUGUAGAUGAGGAAAUUGUGUGUGAAACACUGUGA